CCGUUAACAGGGCCAUCAUUUCAUUGACAUGGAACUUUGUUUCAUUUUCUUUGUAAUGAAAGGGAACAUUAACUUUUCUAAAAGAAAAUUUUAUUCAACUUUGGCUCUCUCACACAACAUAUUUUCCUUGUGGCCUUUUGCCUUGAGCAACUUUACUCUUUUAUGAUCUUUCAUCUCUGGUAAGCCAUCACAUGGUCAUCAUGGAGUCAGAUUUUGAGACACAAGGUAACAAAACAAAGAGGAUCAAGGCAGAAGAAGAAUCAACAAACAGAAUGGAAACUCUGCCUCGGGAUAUCAUCCUCAACAUUCUUUCAGGGCUUCCCAUAUCAUCUUUGGUGCAAUUCAGGUGUGUAUGCCGAUCUUGGCGCUUGUUAGGACAAGAUCCUGAUCUAGUCAAUAUGCAUAGCUCACGCAUGGCUGAGAGCAACCCAACAUGUCUCAUCUUUCACUGUGAUUAUCCUAUCAAAAACCAGCUUUACUUUGUAGAGUUCCCUUCUUCCAAUGAAAAGGUGAAAAAAUUUCAAGUCCCUUUUUGUUCUGCAAUGCCUGAAUUUGAUGUGGUAGGCACAUGUGAUGGUUUACUAUGCUUAUCUGAUUCAUUAUUUAAUGAUGCACUAUACAUAUAUAACCCUUUCACCAGGAAUUGCAAAGAGCUGCCUAAGUCCAUGCAUAAUUUGAACCAAGAGGCGGUAUAUGGAUUUGGGUUUCAUCCCACAACUAAGGAAUACAAAGUGGUUAAGAUAGUGUAUAUUAAGAAUUCAAAUAAAGGUUCAGCGGUCCAGGUAUUCACUCUGGGAAGCUCAGCCUGGAGAAGUCUGGAAAAGGUACAUCACCAUCUUGUUAAUUGGCCAUCACAACAAGUGUGUGUUGAUGGAAGACUUCAUUGGGUGACUUGGCCAGGAAGAUACACUAGAAUACGCAGUAUCAUCUCAUUCGACUUAGCAGACGAGGAAUUCCGAGAGGUUCCAAGUCCUGAUGGCAAUGGUUUAAGCAGGUGUAAUUAUCACUUGGUGGUUCUAGGGGGUUGUCUAUCUGCUGCAGUUUAUUGCCAUUAUGGGAAAUUGGACAUAUGGGUAAUGGAAAAGUAUGGUGUGAAGGAAUCUUGGAUCAAGAAAUUCAACUUGGGAAACUAUGUGCCUAAGGGAUUCCAAAGGGAAAUGGAAAUCUCCUACAAGAUUUCAAGGUUUGCUUCAAAAGGAAGAUUUGUUCGAGUUGUCGGCCUUACCAAGGAUGGGGAGUUCUUGCUGGAGUACAGAAGCAGGGCUCUUGUUUCCUAUGAUCCAAAAAGUACAAAAGCUAAAGGCCUUGUUUUUCCAGGAAUGCCAAAGUGGUAUCGAACAAUUGUUCAUGUGGGUAGCCUCAACUGGAUUGAUGCCUUCACUCAUGGGUGAUGCGCCAAAAUGGAAAAGUGGAUGGAUGCUUCUUUCCCUGACCACGGAGUGAAGAAGUUUUGGACAAAAGAAUACAAAGUAGCAGCUCCUCAGCGUGAGAAUGUCACUGCAGAGAGGACCUUUGCAUUCUACAUCUUGAAAAACAACUAUACUUCUCUGGAACAUAAUAAUGAAAGUGCAUAUUACUGUUGAUUCAGAAUCGUACUUACAUUACAUUACAUAUAAUGUGUAUGUGCUACUCUGUACGGAAAAUUUUAAAAAUUUAUUCCAUGAUUA